UUCACAUGCUCACAUUAUAUUUAUACACCACUCUAUAACUACUGGCCAAAGAUCGAUCCAAAACCUUCCAAUUAAGUCUUCAAUAUGACAGAUCCUAAGUCCAAUGUAUACACUGAAACAUUCAACUUCAUGCCCCUCUAUUCUCAUCACUCUUCUUUUACUUCUCAAUCAAGCCUACUCUCUUCUUACCCUCUUUCAUAUUCAAACACCAACACCAACACUUUUUCCAAUCAAUCGGAUACCUCUUCUUCCUCUUGUGCAGCCCCUCCUCCUUCUUCUCCUCUCAGAGAAGCCCUUCCUCUCAUAAACAACAUAAAACAGAAGAAAAAUGAACCCUCAAACGGUGGUGAAGAAGUUGAAGAGGAAGGACAAAAGAAAAGGGACAUAGAUGAGACCCUUUUGACUAGUAUUACUGAAGAGGGUGAUGAUGAUGAAACUGUGACAGUAGCACUGCAAAUAGGCCUUCCUAGCGUGGCUACUUCUGAUCUUAAUGGAUCAAGAAAGAUCUUUGAAGCUUGUGCAAAAAUGGAUGUAAAGGAGGAUGUGAGGGUUAUUUCUGGACACCCGUUGGAUAGAUUGAACAACAUUCAGUAUUGGAUUCCCACCCCUUCUCAGAUUCUCAUUGGUCCUACUCAGUUUUUGUGUCAUGUGUGCUCUAAGAGUUUCAACAGAUAUAAUAAUCUUCAGAUGCAUAUGUGGGGACAUGGAUCUCAAUAUAGAAAGGGCCCUGAUUCUCUAAAAGGAACACAACCAUCAGCAAUGCUAAGGCUUCCAUGCUUUUGUUGUGCACCAGGUUGCAAGCACAACAUUGACCACCCAAGAACAAGGCCUCUCAAGGACUUCAGAACCCUUCAAACACACUACAAGAGAAAACACGGCAUUAAACCCUACAUGUGCAGAAAAUGUGACAAAACAUUUGCAGUCAAAGGUGAUUGGAGGACACAUGAGAAGAACUGUGGCAUAACAUGGUACUGUUUAUGUGGGUCUGAUUUUAAACACAAAAGAUCUCUAAAAGAUCACAUAAAGGCCUUUGGCCAUGACCACGGUGUAGUUGACAUUGAUUGCAUGCAAGAAGAUGAAGCAGCCUCUGAAAUUGAACAUGAUGGAGGAUAGCUCAAUGCGAAAUAAUAAGUUGGAAAACGAAAAUUUAAGUGACGUUUAAUGUAAUUAAUUAAUUUCACAUCCAAGCUUAAUUAAUGUAAUAGAUUGUAUAAGGUGU